AUGCCUCUCAAGAAGUCCGAGUUCUUGUCGCACGUCUGGCAAGAUGGGCUGUUCAAAGGCAAAGUCGUCUUCUGCACCGGAGGCAAUGGCACGAUCUGCUCAGCGCAAGUGAGAGCACUGGUAUACUUGGGCGCAAACGCAUGCAUCGUCGGCAGGAAUGAGCAGAAGACUCUGGAUAUGGCCAAGGAUCUCGCAGCACAGAGACAGGGAGCAAAAGUCAUUGGGAUCGGCAACAUCGACGUCCGAGAUAUCGAUCUGCUUUCAAAAGCUGCUGAGCGGUGCGCCAAAGAGCUCGGAGGCAUCGACUUCUUGAUUGCAGGAGCGGCAGGAAACUUCCUCGCCCCAAUGGCACAACUCUCCGCCAACGCCUUCAAGACCGUCAUGGACAUCGAUGUCCUCGGCUCCUAUAACGUCACAAAAGUCUGCAUUCCAUAUCUGCUCGAAAGCGUGAAGAAGUACAACUCACAAGGAGGCCUUCCCAAGUCGGAUACAGCAGGGCCAAGUGGGCGAAUCAUCUACGUCUCUGCUACGAUGCAUUAUACUGGUAUGGCACUACAGACACAUGUCGUUGCCGCAAAGGCUGCAGUCGACGCUAUCUCGCACAACGUCGCCCUCGAGUACGGCCCUCUGGGCAUCACAUCGAACAUCAUUGCACCUGGCCCGAUUGCCGGCACCGAGGGCAUGGAUCGCCUUGGUGGGAAGCUGAGGGCAAAUGAGAGACCUGGUCAGCGGCUACCGCUCGGCAGAUGGGGCAGUAUCAAGGAGAUUGCAGAUGCUACAGUAUGGCUGUUUAGUGAUGCUGCGAAUUAUGUGACGGGUCAGACCACGAUUGUGGAUGGCGGCGCAUGGCAUGUACAGACUGGUCCUGGAUCGUCGUUUCCUUAUCCAGACUUCCUACUCUCCGGGCAGCAGGUCACGGGUGUCGGCGGUAGCAAGAGGAAGGAGACGAGCUCGAAGUUGUAG